AUGCCUUCAACACAACUUUUCACGAUAAAUGAACUCGGCUGUUCCAUUCCAGCAAACACGCCACAUGCUGUAUCAGUGACACUGCCAACCUGGCAGGAUAAUGUAGAUUAUGAGGAAGGUAGAGAACGUGUGUUGAGUAAAAUGGUGAAUGGAUAUCCAAGGUUUUUUAUACAUAACCUUAUUAAGAAGCUCAUGUCUCAUUGCGAACAAAAAUUUGCGAAAUCCAUGGAAUCAUGUUUAUUGUUUCCUUCACGGAAAGCCGCGCAAAGAUGUCGUGAUUUUCUGAGAAAAUAUUACACACCACUAGAUGCUUUGUCAUUAUCCGCAUCUACAUCUAUUUCGAAAGCUUCUUCGACUAUAGCACGUCUUGCAGAGAUUACAGUUCUUGCACCUACAGCUGAACAUGUUGAAUCAUCAUUACCUAAUGCGGUCACUCUUUAUGUGGUAAUAUUUCCGAAAGAUGCUUUUCCAGUCGCCAAAUUGUAUUGGCAACAUACCGGGGAUGGAAUUUCUUCGCGUCAAGCAGAAUAUGUUCUUCGUCUAUUGCAGGCUAAACAGGCAGAAGAACAAACCCAAGAAAAAUUAAUGAAUCGAAAAAUAUCGCCCAGGAAACGAUAUUCUAAUUCGCGUUCUCCUGUAACCAUGGCUAGCUUAACUAAUACCAAUAAUGACAUUAAUAAUAUCAAUAAUAAUAUUACAAAUAAUAUUGACAAUAGUAUUACAGACAAUAAUAACAAUAUUAAUAGCAGUAAUAUUGAUAUUAAUUAUAAUAAAAAGGAAUUGACAGAAUUAUUAUUUGAAGUGGAUUCAUAUGUAGAAGAAAGAUAUGGUCGCAACCUUUCAGUCGAAUUUGCCGAAAAGGCAAAGAUUAUUCUAAAACGUCGAAUUGCAGGGGUUUUGGGGGUAGAGAGUAAUGAAGAGGAUUUACAAAGUGUAGCUUCAAAGUCAAUUGAAGGCAUUUCAGAACGCGAGGUUACAGAACUAACGGAGGAUGAUGUGUAUCUUUUUCCUAGCGGAAUGAGUUCUAUAUUCAUUGCUCAUCAAAUUAUACUCGCUGCAUUUCCACCCAAGAAAAGUGUGUGUUUUGGUUUUGUGUAUGCUGAUACUUUGAAAGUUUUGGAAAAGUUUGGACCUGGAUGCCAUUUCUUUGGUCAUGGUUCCUCGACAGAUAUUGAUGCAUUAGAGAAUUUGCUCGCCUCAGGCGAAAGAAUCCUCUGCCUAUUAUGCGAAUUUCCUUCAAAUCCAUUAUUGAAAUCACCGGAUCUAAAACGUCUAAGAGCAUUAGCGGACAAAUAUGAUUUUUUGAUAAUUGUGGAUGAGACUAUCGGGAAUUUUGUGAAUGUUAGUGUUUUAGCAUGGGCGGAUUUAAUUGUGUCUAGUCUCACGAAGAUUUUUAGUGGCGAUAGUAAUGUUAUGGGCGGAGGAUUGAUGUUGAACCCGCAACGCCGACAUUAUCUGAAACUGAAAGAAACCUUAAAAGUGGAGUAUGAGGAUCUCUUUUGGGCUGAGGAUGCGAUCUUUCUUGAAAGAAAUUCUAGAACUUUUAGAGAACGAAUACUAAAGAUAAAUGAAAAUGCCGAAAUUCUCUGUGAUCUUCUUAAUAACAACUCGAAAGUUAAGAAAGUCUACUAUCCAAAAUUCGUGUCAUCCGAGAUUUAUGUUCAAUACAUGCGAAGAAACGGAGGCUAUGGUGGCCUAUUCUCGAUCACUUUUCAUUCUGAACUCGCGUCUGCGCAAUUCUUUGAUGCGCUCCCAAUCGCCAAAGGCCCAUCUUUAGGCACAAAUUUUACACUCGCAUGUCCUUACACGAUUUUGGCGCAUUAUACAGAAUUGGAUUGGGCUGCUGGAUUUGGCGUUGAGAAAGGUUUGGUUAGAGUGAGCGUGGGUUUGGAAGAUAAAGAGAUAUUGCUUGCGGCUUUUCAGACUAGCUUGGAUGCUAUCACUGAUAAUUGA